UAUGUUCCCACCCAAUCUAGUUGAGGCUUGUUUCAAACAGUACAAGACAAAUUAUGGCACACGAAAAAUCUUGAGACCUACAUUAUCAUCUAUCAAUUUUACAACCACCACUGAACCACCCAUGAUAGAAAACAUCACUGCAGCAUUCAAAAAUUUGCAGGAGUUAAUGUUUGUUGAGGAGGUUAUUCCAGUUGCUGGUUCGUCCAAUGCAGUGAAUGCGUUGGGUCUUGUUGUCUUCUCCAUUGCUUUUGGUCUGGUAAUCGGCAAUAUGAAACAGCAAGGCCAGGCACUGAAGGAGUUUUUUGACUGCCUUAAUGAAGCCAUCAUGAGACUGGUUGCAAUUAUAAUCUGGUAUGCUCCCAUAGGUAUCCUCUUCCUGAUUGCAGGCAAAAUCAUGGAAAUGAAAGACCUUACCGUGAUGGGCGGACAACUGGGAAUGUACACUGUGACAGUGAUAAUUGGGCUUCUAAUUCAUGCACUCGUUGUCCUGCCACUUCUUUAUUUCAUAGUCACCCAUAAGAAUCCUUGGGUUUUUAUUGGCGGGUUAUUGCAAGCAUUGAUCACUGCCCUUGGCACUUCAUCCAGCUCAGCAACUCUCCCAAUCACCUUUAAGUGUUUGGAAGAAAAUAAUGGCGUAGACAAGCAUGUUACUCGCUUUGUCCUUCCUGUUGGAGCUACUAUUAACAUGGACGGCACAGCACUGUACGAGGCCCUGGCUGCCAUUUUUAUUGCACAAGUCAACAAUUAUGACCUAAACUUCGGACAAAUCAUCACAAUCAGUAUCACUGCAACAGCAGCUAGCAUUGGAGCUGCAGGAAUACCACAGGCUGGCCUUGUUACCAUGGUGAUAGUGUUAACAUCUGUUGGACUUCCCACAGAGGACAUCACCCUGAUCAUCGCAGUGGACUGGUUUCUGGAUCGCUUACGAACUACCACAAAUGUACUCGGCGACUCAUUGGGAGCAGGCAUUGUGGAGCACCUGUCAAGGCAUGAACUGCAUACACCAGAUGCAGAAGUUGGAAAUUCUGUCAUCGAAGAAAAUGAGAAACCUUAUCAGCUCAUCUGCCAAGAGCAUGAAAACCAGAAGCAUUUGGAUAGCGAGACCAUGAUGUGACCCUGAGACUAAGACAGGCUUAGUACUGUAGAGAUAAACACAUACCACCAUGUAAAUUGUGUGUCUGUACAUUUCUAACCAAACUAGUCAACAAAGGAAUGUCUAAAAUAGCCUAAUUAUUCAGCAAGAAAUUCUCAAUGUAGGAGCAGACCUGUAUGCAUGUGUAUGCAUGUGUGUGUACAUAUGAGUGUAUUCAUGUACACAUGGAUGUGCAUGUUUGUGUGAAUUUUCAUGAAUGAAUGUCUCCACCUGUGUUUGUAUGCAUUUCUGUGUAGGUUCACAUGAUUGUGAUUAUACACACACACACACACACACACACAGAAAUAAACAUACACACAUAUAUAUACAGAAGCACUCACACCCUCUCACAUAUACCCAUUCGAACAUAUGCAUGCACACACAUACAUACACAUACAUACACACACACAUACGCGCACGCACAGACACACACACAGAGUCUGUCUCUGACAGUAUAUAAACAUAAAUGCACACACAUCAGUUUGAGUUUGGAAAUUUGUGUCCUCAUGUGUGACAGUAUUUAUACAUAUUCAUGUGUACAGGUCUCUACAUGUGUGUGCCUUUGUACAUGCACGUAUGUGGCAUUGUCCUUAACUGGAAUUGGUUGCCUUUUAAACCAGGUGGAUGCCUCAAUAGCACUUUCCUAACUGGGACAUGAUUUCUGCUGUGUGCAGGGUGUAGUGAAAUAGUAAAAAUAUCUCUGAUUUUGCUAUACUCGACACACAAGAAAUCUCCCACCGUCAGAAACGGAUUAACAUUCAUUAAAAAUACUUGACAAAGAACAAAAAAUAUCAAAGGGACAGAGAAAGUGCAGGGAAAUGGGAUAGUAGUAGGUAGAUCUGAUAUGGAGCAACAACAAAAAAAAGUGCUGAAAUAGUCUCCAUCUGUUCUGAGAUUUCCACAAUACUAUUGUGACAUACUCCUGUGUCAAACUGGUUACAUUUUGCAGAGUUUUGAUGUCUUGGCAGACAUCUAACAAGGAGCUGAUUUUCUUUAUCUGAUGCAAGUCAUGCCGAAAAGGUUAAGAUGUGGUGCUAGAUCCAUUUAAGUGUUGGGACUGAUUUGUAAAAUUGCUAAAGUGUAAAAUUGAUGAUGGUAAACUGGCAACAAUAUUUUAUAUCUAUUCCAAUUUUUGUCUCCAUUGAAGCCCAGAAGGAUCCCGAUUAUCCAGUUACAAUGGGUGUUAAUUUCUUCCAUUUUAGACACAGUGUAGGAGAACUAAAGGGACACAUGAGGCCUUGGAUCAGCAGUACUGCAUAUUAAUGUCAAACUCCUGCAGUUUUCUUAUUGGGGCAGGGGUAGGGAGGGGUGAUGGAUUCCACUGUAACUACGUUGAAAGUGUGGCUAACUGGAAAUGACUGAGGAAAAUCCUCCCACAACUCUCUGUAUUUCAAACAAACUCAGAGACUCAACAGGUCUGAUAGCAUCUGUAGAGAGAGAAACAGAGUUAAUAUUUUGAGUCUGGUAUGACUCUUCUUCUCUCCCACAUCAUCCUAUCCUAUUUCUGAUACUCUUCAGCUGAUCCGGCCUGAAAGCAGGAAGUCUACAACGUCUCCUCUUUCACAAAACUGCUCUGUCCCAAUUAUUGUUAUUUACUGUCAUGAGACCAGAGAAGUAAAGUAAAACUAAACAACACAUUAAAGUAGUUAUUGUAGCAGACACACCCUAAUUCAUUAAUCUGGCAGGGUGAUGCAGACACGUAAUCUUAGGAAAGCUCUAAUAGUAAUGUUAAAGUAGAUCCUUUGAGUAGCUCCAGCUACACUGAAUCAAUUAGACCAAGUGAACUAUGUGCACACUCAUAGCAUCAGAAGAGGUAGAAAACCUUCAGACAUUCUAAAAAUAAUGUUUCCCAACCUUCCAAUGUUCUCAUUGUCAGAUGAUGUAAAAUGUACAAUAUCUGUGAUGUACUUCUAAUCUCUAAAUGAUAUGUGGCGUAAGAUCAGAAACAUGUACUCAGUCCAAACAAGACAUUGUACUUCCAUAUCACUGACUCACUUCUGAGUAAAGUCUCCACUGUUCCUCCA